AUGCUACCCCUGAACCCUCAUCCUCAUCCUCAUUCCCUUUCUUUCUGUGCCCUCCACAUUUCUCUCUUGCUCUCUCUCUCUUUCACUCUCUCUCUUUCUCUCUCUCACACACACACAAACACACACACUUUCAGCUUCUCAAAUGUCGCAAUUCAAGAGACAUAUACUUACGCAUAUAUGCACAAAUAUCUAUCUAUCUAUCUAUCUAUCUAUCUAUCUAUCUAUCUAUCUAUCUAUCUAUCUAUCUAUUUGUUGAUGUUUGAUCUAUCUAUCAAUCUAUCUAUCUAUCUAUCUAUCUCUCUCUCUCUCUCUCUAUAUAUAUAUAUAUAUAUAUAUAUAUAUAUAUCUGUUAAUUCUUUGACUUAUUUCAUUUUCUUUUUUUUCAUUUUGCUUACUUUUCUCCUUUUCUUUUUCUUUGUUUCUUUCUUCUUUUUUUCUCAUUCAUUUUUUUUCAUAUUUCCUUUUCGUUUCGUUUCGCCCUUAUUUCUUUUUUUCCUUUAUAACUUAUUUUCAUUUCUUAAUUUUUCAAUAUAUUUUUCUUUACUUUUCUAUUUUUCUUUUCUUUCUUUUUCUUUUUUCUCCUUCUUUUUCCUUUUUUCCUUUCUUCAGUUUUCAUUGUUCUCAUUUUUCAUUCCCUCUCCACUCUCCAUUUUCUUUUCCCUUUCUCCUCUAUUUCUUUUCUGUUUUUCUUAUCUUUUCUCUUUUGUAUUAGUUUUGUCUUUUUCAUUUCUUUUUCUUUUUCUUUUCUCUUUAGGUUUUGUUUUCUUUCUAUCUUCCGUUUUCUUUUCGUUUUAUCUUUUCUGUUUGUUUUUUUUUUAUUUUCCGUUUUCUUUUUUUUAG